GAAAAAAAGCUACCAAUCUGUUGGACUUCUUCCAUCAAAACAUUUUUGGAGGUAUUUGCUUCGGUCAGAAAUUCCAAGCAAUUUCGUCUUUAUCGCGUGGGAUGUCUAAAGGGUCCUCGCAGUCCUCUUUCUUAGUCUGCGCCUCCUCUCUCUCUCUCUCUCUCUCUCUCUCUCACCUGACUUUCAUGGCAGCCGACCACUUUCACUCCUCUCAAUAAAUUUUCCAUGGAUGAUUUCAGUCACCCCCGUCUCCCCUCACCUCCACAUUUCUCUCUUUCUCUCUCUGUCUGAUCAGACUUAGAAACAACAACUGUAAAAAUUUCAGCUUUUGCAUCUUUUGGGUUGCUGAAUUUGGAGUUUCUAGCUCGUAUUUGGAUGUUUUUAGAUUGAUGGGUUUAUGACAGUUAGUUUUAUUUUAUUUUAGUCUUUUCCUUGAUGGGUUUUCUCAAGGAAAUGAUUAAGCUUUAUGGGUUUGUGAUAUUUUAAUGGUUGAGUGGGAGUUUCUUCGGAAUCUUCAGGUAGUAUUAGAAUGAAAAGUGUCUUUUUUUGUCGCUGAAAAAAAAAAAAAAAAAGAAAAAAGAAAGAAAGGGAAAUUUUUUAGCUAGAGAAAAGAAAAAUGGUUGCACUUUUGAGAAAAUUUUAUACUUUUGCAACUUCAAAUCCUCUUCCUGCUGCUGAUAGUGAUGAAGAUUUUAAUUUUGACUACUCCAUUGCCAUGGAGUAUCAUGGUCCUCCUGUUGCUUAUGAUAUUCCACAGGCACGUCCCAUUGACAUUCAUCAAAUCCCCACUGCAGCUGCGGUUGCUUCAGCUUCUCUGCUGUCUAGUUCCCUCCCAGUAAUCCAACCAAUUGUAAGAACAAGUCAGAUUGGAAAAAAGACACAGAACAAAGUCAACAAAGAGGAGGAAGCAGAACAAGUUUCACCAUGCUCAGCAAUCUCUGCUGCCGAAAUAGGAAUUGUUGGCGGUGGUGGUGGUGAUGGAAAAAGUGUUGGAAGUUCCCGUUUGGUGGAAAAAGGUGCGGGCUUUGAAAAUUACAUGAACCCUGAGAAUUGGGAAUCCACAGAAUCUGGAACAAGCUCAAGGAGUCUUUCCUCUGAGGUUUUUUCUCACAAGGAGUGGGAAGAAGAAGAAGAUUGUGGUGGUGGUGGUGAAAGUCCUCAGCAUGCUAGAAAGCAAUCGGUUGUGACUUUCAAGGAUAUCAAUUCCGAUGACAUAGUUGUGGAAGAAGAAUAUGAUCGAUCAGAGGAGGUUGAGAGUGCCCAGGAGAGACCUAAAGCUGAGAGAAGUGGGGGUAAAAAAGGGUCUUGUUAUAGAUGCAAUAAAGGAAACAGGUUCACUGAGAAAGAGGUUUGCAUUGUUUGCUGUGCCAAGUAUUGUUUCAAAUGUGUGCUUAAAGCAAUGGGAUCUAUGCCUGAAGGUAGAAAAUGUGUCACUUGUAUUGGUUAUAGGAUCGAUGAAACGAGAAGAAGGAAGCUCGGGAAAUGUUCUAGGUUGCUCAAGAGAUUGCUUACUGAUUUGGAAAUUGUACAGAUAAUGAAAUUUGAGAUAUCUUGCAAAGUGAAUCAACUACCUGGGAAUCUAGUUUUUGUGAAUGAAGAGCCUCUUAGUCAAGAAGAGCUUGUGAGAUUGCAGAGUUGCCAACAUCCGCCAAGAAAGCUAAAACCAGGUUCAUAUUGGUAUGACAAUAUGUCAGGCAUGUGGGGAAAGGAAGGACAUAAACCUUGCCAGAUAAUUAGUGCCCAUCUAGAAAUCGGGGGUCGCAUAAAGCAAAAUGCUAGCAAAGGCAACACAAAUGUACACAUAAAUGGUAGAGAGAUUACUAAAGCUGAGCUCCAGAUGCUGAAGCUUGCAGGCGUUCCGUGUGAAGGUAAGAUUAACUACUGGGUGAGUGAAGAUGGGUCCUAUCAGGAAGAGGGAAUGAACAAUGUAAAAGGGAAAAUAUGGGACAAGACUGGAAUCAAGCUGGUUUGUGCUUUAUUGCUUUUGCCAUAUCCUUCUGGUCCUCCAAAUCCAUCAGCGGAAGAAGGGGAUAGAAUUCUUCCAACUCCCUUUGAGGAAAAAAAGCUUAAAAAACUUCUUUUAGUUGGGUCAGAUAAAUCUGGCACAAGUACCAUAUUUAAGCAGGCCAAGUUUAUAUACAAGGUUCCUUUCACUGAAGAUGAGCGUGAAAACAUUAAAUCUGUGAUCCAAAGCAAGUUGUUCUGCUAUCUUGCUCUUCUGCUCGAAGGGCGUGAACGUUUUGAAGAAGAAAGUUUGAUUGAGACAAAAAGACAUGUAAUAGAUCCAGGUUCUUCAGACCAGAAUGAAGUUACAACAAUUUAUUCCAUUAGCGAAAGGCUAAAAGCUUUUGUGGAUUGGCUGCUCAAAGUUAUGGCUUCAGGUAAUUUGGAAGCCACAUUUCCAGCUGCUAAUCAGGAUUAUGCACCAUUUAUUGAGGAGUUGUGGAAUGAUGCUGCCAUCCAAGCUACCUAUAAUCGAAGGAAUGAAUUAGAAACACUACCUGGAGUUGCUACAUAUUUCCUAAAUCGGGCUGUUGAGAUUUUGAGGAUGGAUUAUGAACCCUCUGAUAUGGACAUCUUGUAUGCUGAGGGAAUUAGCUCUUCUAACAGCCUUAUGUCCAUGGAAUUCUCGUUUCCAGAGUCGAUACAUGAUAAUUUGGAAUCUAUUUAUGAGCAUGAUCUGUCAAUGAGAUUCCAGCUUAUUAGGAUACAUCCCAGCAGCCUUGGUGAACACUGCAAGUGGUUGGACAUGUUUGAAGAUGUCGAUAUUGUCCUUUUUUGUGUUUCGUUGGCUGAUUACGACGAGUUUUUUGAAGAUAAUAAUGGAGUUUGCAUGAACAAGAUGAUGGCAAGCAAGCAACUUUUCGAAAGCAUUAUUACUCAUCCAUUGUUUGAUCAGAAAAACUUCCUUCUAAUACUCAACAAGUAUGAUUUACUUGAGGAAAAGAUUGAAGAGAAAAUUCCUCUUUCUCGAUGUGAAUGGUUUCGAGAGUUCAAUCCAGUGAUCAGCAACAAUCCUGGAAGUAGUAAUAAUAACAGUACUAACCCUCCCUUAGCUCACCGUUCCUUCCAAUACAUAGCAAUGAAGUUCAAAAGACUCUUCCACACAUUAACAGAUCGAAAGCUGUAUGUUUCGGCAGUUACGGGAUUGGAGCCUGAUACUGUUGAGGAAGCUCUCAAAAAUGCCAGGGAGAUCCUAAAAUGGGUUGAAGAGGAACCUAAACGCAAUGGUAAUGAGGCAUCUUCCACUAGCAUUGAUGCAAGCUCUUCCUCUAGUAACCAGAAAUGACUCCUAGGGCUUCCUUUUCAACAUUCCUCCUCUAUGUCGGUGAAGCGGGGAGUCUCAUAAUCAUCCUUUGUAAUGCAAUUUGUUGUGUAUAUAUAUAUAUAUAUAUAUGUAUAUGUGUUCACGAGCUCAUACACACAUACGGCUACAGAAGAAGAAAAACUGCAUUUUCUUUUCAUUUUUGUACCCUUGGAAAUAAAGCAUAGAUGUGUAACAUGUAACAAGUUUGUUGUAAAGUACCACCAACAUUUCCAUCGUAACUAUUUUUAUAGAUGCAGUUUUAAUAUUCAAGAAACUGAAUUCGAAUUCCACUCCUAUUAAAUUUUA